GACACAUUUUGCCUUUUCCUUAAAUUAAUAGGAACAUAUUUUUCUAUCAAACAAGUAGUUAUAUACUGUACCAAAACUACUUCAAAUGUUUUGCUCCUUCUUGAAGAUAUAGUUCUCGAUAUUAAGUCUGGCAUUUUGCACUUCUUAUCUAUUAUAACACCACCUAAGCCAAACUUUGACAUUUUAAUUGCUCCCCUGUUUAGACUAAAAAGACUCCUCAACCCCCAUGAAAAUCAUAUUCUCUCUCUUCAUCAUCUGCCUGUCAUGUCUCUCUGUGAACUCAGAGUCCAUCAACCGUUCUGAUUUUCCAGAGGAGUUCAUUUUUGGAACUGCUUCUUCAGCUUAUCAGUUUGAAGGUGCUGUGGAUGAAGGAAACAAGGGAAUUAGCAUAUGGGAUACCUUCAUCAAAAGACCAGGAAGAAUACUGGACUUCAGCAAUGCAAACACAGCAGUUGAUCAAUAUCAUCGUUUCCAGAGUGACAUAGAGUUGAUGAAGAAUAUAGGAAUGGAUGCCUAUAGAUUUUCAAUAUCCUGGACACGAAUAUUUCCAAAUGGAACAGGGGAACCAAAUCCAGAAGGAAUUGAAUACUACAACAAUCUCAUAGAUGCCUUACUAGAAAAAGGUAUUCAACCCUAUGUCACUUUGUUUCACUGGGAUCUACCACAGACGCUUGAAGAUUCGUACGAGGGAUUUUUAAGUAAACGAAUAAUAAAGGAAUUCGAACGAUAUGCUAUUACUUGUUUCAAAGCUUUCGGGGAUAGAGUGAAGCAUUGGAUCACCUUUAACGAGCCUCACGGUUUCACAAUUCAAGGUUAUGAUUUGGGAAUUCAAGCUCCAGGAAGGUGCUCUAUUCUAUUGCACUUGUUCUGCAGGAAAGGAAAAUCGUCCGUCGAGCCUUAUAUCGUAGCACAUAAUAUUCUGUUGUCUCAUGCUGCUGCUUAUCGUGCUUAUAACAAAAAGUUCAAGGCAAGUCAACGAGGCAAAGUGGGGAUAGCAUUAGAUUCUAAAUGGUACGAGCCACGUUCAGAUUGCGAAGAGGACAGAGCUGCUGCAAGUAGAGCGAUGGAUUUUGGACUUGGCUGGUUCCUUGAUCCACUUCUCCUGGGGAAUUAUCCUCUUUCAAUGCAGAAGUUGGUGGCUGAAAGACUACCCAAGAUCAGUCCUGAGGAGUCAAAAAUACUGAAGGGAUCUAUUGAUUUUCUUGGCAUCAAUCACUACACAACGUUAUAUGCGCGGAAUGAUAGAGCAAGGAUCAUGAAGUUUAUGAUGAACGACGCUUACUCUGACUCUGCUGUAAUAACUACCGCUUUCAGGCACGGAGUCGCAAUUGGAGAAAAGGCUGCAUCUGGUUGGCUACGCAUCGUCCCAUGGGGCAUUCGGAAGUUAAUGAAUUACAUCAAAGAUAAAUAUGGAAACCCUUUGGUGAUGAUUACUGAAAAUGGUACGGAUGAACCUAACAUAUCCCAUAUAGCGUUAAAUGAUGCAUUACAAGAUGACAGGAGAAUAACUUACCAUAGAGACUAUCUCUCAAAUCUCUCUGCUGCCAUAAGGGAAGACAAUUGCAAUAUCAAAGGUUACUUUGUUUGGUCCCUACUUGAUAACUGGGAAUGGAACUCGGGUUAUACAGUACGGUUUGGAUUAUACUAUGUAGACUUCAAGAAUAAUCUCACAAGGACACCAAAGUCCUCUGCUAAAUGGUUCAAGAGCAUGCUGACAUCGGAGAGAAAUUUGAACAGCAUGCUGACAUCAGAGAGAAACCUGAAGACACAAUAAUGAAAUAUGCUGUUCAUUUGAAUUCGACGAUAAGAUGAUACUAUAAAAUUUGAUCUAUGUACAUUAACAUCAUUGCUUGUACAUUUUGUGCCAUAGAAUACUGUAAAAUUUGAUCUAUAUACAUCAAAUUCAUAGCUUGUAAAUUUUGUACCAUAAACAUAAAAUAUAAAUGUUCAAUAGAAUACAAAGGA